AUGCUAUGCUUGCAGGAUGAUGAAUAUCUUGCGUCACUGCAAGCAGAUCGAGAAAAAGAGUUAAAGGCCAGGGAAGAAGCUGAGGUACGUCUUAUUGAGGAGCAAGCCGCCAACUGUGUACAUUAUAUUAGUGUUCUGUGGGUCGACAAUCAUUGGAAAAAUGUAACUUUUGGAGCCUCUUUAAUUGCGAAAGAGGAUUACAAGAAUUUCAAAUGGUUGAUUAAUACGUUCAGAGAUGCAAUGGGUCGCGCACCGACAUGUGUGAUUAAAGAUCAAUGCCCUGCAAUCAAGAAGGCUGUUCUGCUUAAUUGGGUUGGCACAAAGCAUAGAUUAUGUAUGUGGCAUAUCAUGAAUAAACUACCUUCCAAGAUUGGUCCUAAACGUGCUACGAACAAAGUAUUCAUGUCCAAAUUGAAGUCUGUCAUUUACUCAGACCAAUCUACACCUACCGAAUUUGAGGAAGGAUGGAGUGCAGUUAUGUCGGAAUAUAAAUUACAGGAUAAUAAUUGGCUGGCUGCUAUGUUUAGGAGGCGCAGAACUUGGAUCCCCGCAUACUAUUCAGACAUUGAAAUGGCAGGCUUGCUACGGACCACAUCCAGGUCUGAAAGUUCUAAUUCAUUUUUCCAACAUUUUCAUGAGCGUGGAGACACCCUGGUAGAGUUCUAUUCAAGCUUCGAGAGUGCUAUGGACAAGCAAAGAAUCCGUACAGUAGAAGAUGAAAAAAAUUCACGCAAAACACCUAGGUUUGAGACUCCAUUACAGAUUGAAAAAGAUGCUGCUCAGUUGUAUACAUAG